AAAGAAAAGAAAAAGAAAAAGAAUUAAAAAUAAGACUAAAAUAAAAUAAAAAGGUUCUGUCAGGUCCGGGGUUUUCUCCCGAGCGAGUAUUCAUGUCACUUUUUGAUCGGUUCCUAGCAAAAAAGAAAAAAAGCGUGGAAACCAGUCAAAAUAUCAUUAAGCACCACGAAAAAAAAUAAAAAUAAAAAAUAAAAAAUAGUUACCUUACCUUUCACGGCUGUCUCUUAUUAUCACACUUAAUUGCCAGUUGUUGUUCCUCUUGCUUGCAUGGUUUCAGAAAAGAGAAGAGACAUUAUGUGUCCACGUCAUGGCAAGUCUCCAGUCUUCUCUCCGUAACAAUACAACCAGCAAGGACAGCAAUAAUACUAUUGAUAUCGCUCCCAACCAUGACCCCGGCAAUUCCACCUCCACGUCUUUGGCAACGGCAAGAAAGGACGAAGCUAUCCGUUCCCGUUCCCGUCCUCGUCUAUCGUCCCCCUUCAGCAACACCAAUCCUCACCAUGACGUCGUAGAACCAACUGGGCCCGCCGACAGUGAUGGCCACCACAUAGCGGCAUCACCAACGGUGGCGGCAACGGCACCAGUUGACAAUUAUGACCAGAGCUAUCAAGAUGCGACAGAGCUCGUCGACCUCCCUCCGGUCCCGGUGUCAGACCACAGUGACGAAGAUAAUCGUGACAACGCCCGCAAUCCCAAUAGCCUCAGCCGGUCAUCUUCAAUAUCCACGAUCUCGUCAGGCUCCGUGCGCCUGGUUGUCCAACGUACGCUAAGCACACAGCAGUCGAACAGCAGAGCCGGGGACAGCGCGGCAGGCAGUGGUACCAAUAACAAGGGCAUCCUGGCGGGAGUGAAGAGGUUUUGGUUUCAGCAUGUCUCGAUGACGGUGCCACGGAGCCAGAACAGGGAUCAUUUUGCCCUCGAAAGAACCUUCCUAGCCUACAUCCGCACAUCGCUCGCCUUCGCCUUCCAGGGCGCCCUCAUCGCCCAACUUUUCAGCCUGCAAAACAAGCAGGAUAAAAACAUCGCGUUUGGGUUUCACACAGUCGGCAGGCCGCUGGCCUGUGCGUGUCACGCCUGUGCGAUAAUAGUUGCCGCUAUGGGUUCGUACCGCUUCUGGAGACAGCAGAAUGCGCUGGCGAGGGGUAAGGUGCAGGCGGGCGGGUGGGAGUUGAAUCUUGCUGGUGUUUGUGCCGUUGGGAUAAUCACAUCGACAUUUGUGCUAGUCAUUUUGAUAGCUACCAGAUCCGAAGACUAAUAACGAAACAAGCCAUCAUUAAGCUUCUGGUGAUACUUUCCGCACUUUCCCUGCCCUAGUUGAGCGGAGAUUUUUUGAAAAAGUUCGAAUCAAAAUGCUGUUUGGGGUUUGGGUUGGAUUGCUGGAAACACCUUACGCAUAUACCCCAGAGUACGUACCUACGUGUCUCGGAUAAAGCAAUCAAGGGCGGCAAAGGCGUUUUGUUUAGGCACAUACCUGUUCAUUUACGUGCUCUUUUUUUAUUCUUCUCCCUCAACACUUUUUUUCUUUCUUUCUUUCUUUCUUUCUUUCUUUUUUCUUUCUUUCU